GAUCUGCUUUCUUUCUCGAACGCAGCCAUUGACAGUCGGUAACAGUUGAUAAGUUUGCAAGUCUGAAAUGGUCUACUACGCGGGCAACAUUAAAUAGUUUCGUGCUGGAUGCAAGUUGCUGCGAGGUAGCACAUAAUUUUCUCUCAGAUGUUCGAGAGUGAUGAUUGGAUUUUUGACGAUGUUUUUGACGAUGUGGAAGAAGAAACGAAAACGAAAUCCCACCUUCCAUGUCAAAAUAAAGAAAACACACCGAUUGUCAAACGACGUAAACUGGACAAUUGUGAGGCUUCAUUAUCGUCGACGGACGAUACUUUUGUUCAAAAGUUAUUAUCGGAUGCUCCAGUUAAUAUCGUGGAUAAAAAUACAGCAAAAAUGUCUUCCAACAAUAGAAACGAUUUGUCACAAAGAAAUUUGUUAAAAAUUUUCCAAAAAAAUAUCUCUCAAAAGAUAUUUGACUCUGCAAAAGAGAUAAACAAAGAUUCAACAGAUAUACAAAGAGAAUCACGAGAGAGUUUUGAGUCCAAGAUGAAUGCGAUAUCAAAAGUAAUCCAAUCUAAAGAAUCUAAAAAAAAGAAUCAUAAAUCUGUCACUGAUGUAAGAAUUGAUAAAGAAAUAAAAUUGAUUCGAAUAUUUCCUGGACCAGCUGGCUUGAUACCAGACAGGAAAAAUGUUGAUAUCUCUGAUGGAUCUUAUCUAAAUAGUGUUAAAGAAUUUGAAAAUGAAACAGUAAUCAAAUGUGUUGAGAUGAAGUCUCAAGAUGAGAAGAAUGUGUUUGAAGAAAAGACUUGGAAACUUUUACUGAAUGAUUUGCCCAAUAAUUUUUUGCAGGAUUAUAGGAUUUCCACUGUUAAAAAUAGAGCAAAUGCUAGUCAUUGUGAUGUUAUGAAAGUGAAAUUUGUAGCUGGUAUAUUGGAUUACGUAGAUCAUAGUUAUGACGAUCCAUUUGUUAUAUUAAAAGACUCGACAGACAGCAUAGAAGGGACUAUUCAUCGUAACAUUGUGUCAACUUAUCCUGGUAUAUUAGAGCCAAACAUAGUUAUUUUUUUACGUGAUGUAGGAUUAUUAAAAAUUACAACAAAUGUAGUAACAAAUAAAUAUCAUAUUUUGAUAUCUCUAGUUAAUUUACUAGCUAUAUAUUCAGAUAAAGGUCGGAUUAUAAGUACAUCUUUUAUGGAUGAUAUUUCAUCUUGUAGUUCAAGUGUCGAAUCAAAUAGAGACGGUUGUAAGCCAGUUUCAAAACUAAUUUAUGUAUCUGAAUUGUCAAAGAUUGAUGAAAAUCAUGAUUUAUCUCUGCAAACUAGUUCCUCCAUGAAUCAAUGUACUUCUAUCGCCAAUCAUAAAUCUCACAUGGCAAAUGAUUCGCUAUCACAUCUGACGAAUGAAAAAUAUCAAAGUAGGCAAAAGAAUGAUGAAGGUUGCAAAAUUAUGGAUGAAAAGGUGUUCGAACGUUUCGAUUAUUCGAUGGACGCAAACAACUUGGAUAUUGAUGAUGAUUUCUUUAUUACCGACUGUGACUUUUUAGAAGAACAGAACUAUCCUGAUCAUUCGUUAUCCAAAACUAUUUCUCAAGCUAACAAGACCGAGCGAUGCGACUUGCAAAUGCAAAAUAAAUGUUUAGAAGAAAGAAAUACAAAAGAAGAAUUGGCAAUAGAAAAAAAGAAAAAAGAGCAAAAUUCACUACAGACUUUACAGAAAUGUGUUACAAAUGUGAAAACUCUCAGGGACCAUCACGCGCAUGAAAAUUGUCUUUCAUCUGAUGAUAUUAUGAUACAUGAAAUUUCAAAUUUAAACAUGAAAUCUACUGUGUCAGCAAUAAAAGCUAAUGUCAAAAAUUCAAAAACUUUGGUAAGUUAUUUUACCAACGAUAAAUAUGACUCAGACGAUGAAAUUUUGUCACAAUUGGACGUAGAUACAAGUAACAACUUUGAAACCUAAGGAAAAAUGCUAAGAAGAAGUAUAUUUUCAUCAAUAUAUCGAUAUAAAAACGUAUCGUGUGUUGCAUGUCGUGUGUCACGCCUAAUUAAAUUUGAAUGCACGGUACAUCGACACAACUUGUAAUAAAGAGUAAAUCUCAAUGUAUAAAUGAUGUAUAAACAUAUUACAUGAAUAAUGCCUAAGAUAAAGUCGAAUUAACUGUUGUUAAAAUAGAAUGUAUUAUAAUGUUAUAAUGUACACGUAAGUACGCGCGCGCAAAAGAAAAUAUUUAUACGUCUACUCCAGAAUUAUUGCAGAUAAAGAACUGUUUGUCAGAUUUAUAU